CUGCAGCAUGGAGGAGACGGUGCCCUCGGUGGAGUCCUACGAGGCUGCCAUGGUGCUGAGCGGGGUGGGGGACGCGCUGGGCUACCGGGCAGGUCGCUGGGAGUACUGCACCUCGGGCCCCCAGAUCCACGGCGAGCUGGCCCAGCUGGGGGGGCUGGCAGCCAUCAGCCUGGAGCCCCCCGAGUGGCCCGUGAGCGAUGACACCGUCCUGCACCUCGCCACCGCCGAGGGGCUGGCCACAGGCCUGGAGGGGGAGCCCCUCCUGCAGGAGCUGGCUCGCCGCUAUGUGGCCGCCAUGGGCGACAUGGAGGGACGCAAGCCCGGACCCAGCAGCAUCCUAGGCACCUCGCAGCUGCGGCCGGGGGAGCCCGAGGGCUAUCGCAUCCCCUUCAACCCCCGCGGCACCGGCUGCGGGGCCGCCAUGCGCAGCCUGGCCAUCGGCCUCAGGUACCCGCACACCUGGGAGCUGCCGACCCUGAUCAAGGUGAGCAUCGAGAGCGGGCGCAUGACCCACCACCACCCCACUGGGUACCUCGGAGCACUGGCAGUGGCCCUCUUUGGGGCACUGGGAGCUCGGGGCGAACCCCCAGAGCGCUGGGGGGCUGAGCUGCUGCGGGUCCUGCCCCUGGCAUGGGACUACGUGGAGGGCACCGGGAUGGCCGUGGAGGACAACGCUGCUGCCUGGCCAUUCUUCGGGGAGGCGUGGCACCGGUACCUGGACUCCCGUGGGCUCCUGGAAGGCCGUGGCCCACCACGGGUUCCAUCCCUCCCCUCCCCAGCUGAGCGGGACACAGAGUACCUAGGCUGGGCACUGGAGGGGUGGCCGGGGCGCAGCGGCCACGACGCACCCAUGGUGGCCUUGGAGUCGCUGCUGGCAGCUGGCGGGAGCUGGGAAGAGCUGUGUGCCAGGGCAGUGCUGCACGGCGGGGACAGCGACUCCACGGGGACCAUCGCUGCUGGCUGCUGGGGGCUGCGCUGGGGGCUGGAAUCCAUCCCGCCAGGGCUGCACCGCCGCCUGGAGCACCGCGGGCGGCUGCGCGACACUGCCCAGCGGCUGCACGCGCUGGCCUGGGGGGCACGGUGAGUGCCCUCUGUCCCUGCACGGCCUGGGGGGCACGGUGAGUGCCCUCUGUCCCUGCACGGCCUGGGGGGCACGGGGAGUGCCCUCUGUCCCUGCAC